GGAGCGCGCAUGCGUAUCCCAAAUAACGAGACGAGACUUGCGUGUUGGGCGAAAUUCAGCUGGCGCUUCACGUUGUGCUGUCGGGGAGUAUCUGGACGGCGCCAUGGGAAAAUUGAACGUAGUUUUACUCCGAUACCUUUCCCGGGAUCACUUUAGGGUCCUCACUGCGGUAGAAAUGGGCAUGAAGAAUCAUGAAAUAGUCCCUCCUAGUUUGAUUGCCUCCAUUGCCAGUCUUAAACAUGGGGGUUGUAACAAAAUUCUGAAAGAAUUAACAAAACACAGGCUUGUAGCUUAUGAACGAACUAAAACUGUCCAAGGUUAUCGAUUAACUAAUGGAGGAUAUGAUUACCUUGCCUUGAAAACACUGACUUCUCGAGAAGUUAUCUGUUCUGUUGGGAACCAAAUGGGUGUUGGAAAAGAAUCAGAUAUUUACACUGUUGCAAAUGAAAAGGAAGAGCAGCUUGCGUUAAAAUUGCAUAGGCUUGGAAGGACAUCCUUUCGGAACUUGAAAAACAAGCGUGAUUACCAUAAACACAGACACAAGAUGUCAUGGCUCUACCUCUCACGUCUUGCUGCAACGAAGGAAUUUGCCUGUAUGAAGGCUUUGCAUGACAGAAAGUUUCCUGUUCCAAAACCAUAUGACUACAACAGACAUGCAGUAGUAAUGGAACUUGUCAAUGGUUACCCACUAUGUCAGGUACAUCAUCUUGAAGACCCUGCCUCCCUAUAUAAUGAGUUAAUGGAAUUAAUUGUAAAACUUGCCAACCAUGGCUUGAUCCAUGGUGAUUUUAAUGAAUUCAAUCUCAUGUUGGAUAAUAAAGACCAGGUUACGAUGAUUGAUUUCCCACAGAUGGUGUCAACCUCUCACCCCAAUGCUGAAUGGUAUUUUGACAGAGAUGUGAAAUGUAUCCGUGAUUUCUUCAUGAAGCGCUUCAGCUAUGAAAGUGAACUAUAUCCAACUUUCAAGGAUGUUAGGAAAGAGUGUUGUCUUGAUGUUGAAAUUUCAGCCAGCGGUUACACCAAAGAAAUGCAGGAAAAUGAUGGACUACUUUACUUGGAUUGCCCUCAAUAUGAGAGCCUUAAAACUGAGACUUUUUCUGAUGUGCAUGAUCCAGAAGGAGAGAGAGCUUCAUGUAACGGCAUAGAUCAAAUGACUGAUGGAAACUUCAUAGAUGAGAUAAAAGAAGCUUCAGAAGCUUUGUUGCAAACCACUGAGGAAGAGAGUGUAGGUGAAAGUGAAGACAGUUUAGAUUUGCAGGGAUUCAGCUGUGCCUUACAGCAGGUUGAAGGACACAUUAUUAUGACUGAAGAGGAGUCUGACCCUGAAAGCUCUGCCAUUGAUUUUUCUGGUGAUAAAAAGAACAUCGAAAAUUCCACCCAGUUGGAAGAUCAAGCGGGUCAUGAAGAAGACGCUGCUGACAAAGAAUAUGAAAAUGAAUGCCCUGGUCUGGUUGACUUAUCUACAUUAAACAGAGAAUUUAGACCUUUCAGGGAUGAAGAGAGCCUGUUUCAUGUCAAUCAGCACAGGACAAGAACUACUAGUGUGACUUCAAUACAGAGUACUGCAAGCCACUCAACAAUUCCUCCUGAACUGGUAAAACAGAAGGUAAAGCGCCAACUAAAUAAGCAACAAAAAGCUGCUUUCAGACGGCGACUGCAGAAAGGAGAAGCUAACAUUUACACCAAACAACGGCGAGAACACAUGUACAAUAUCAAAUCAAGUUUGGAUUCAGCUAGCUUCUGGGAAUGACAUCCUAGGGAAACAUUUAUCCUUUUUCUCCCACCUCACAAAUCAAAUAAAAUUUGAUUUUAAUGGACUCAUUAAAUAAUGGCUCAUUUACCUCAUUAUGUUAUUUGUAUAAUGACAUCACAGCACAAAUGAUGUCAGUUGCUGUGGAAAUUUGGUCCAUUACUUACAAAGUCCAUUAUAUCAAGAUUUCAUUGAAAUGUCAUAUUGUGUUCUUGUAUCCUGAGUGUAGUUUUAAAAAAUUCCUAAAAUCAAAUAAAUCAAGCUGUAAGGGUAUUCAGAAAAUAGGUGUAGGACUGGUCUAAACCCAUAGGCUGAAUCAAUGUGGUUAAUUUUUUAAGCCAAUCCAUAGCUUGGUUAACACAAAUUGCUACUUAAUUAAUUUCACUGUGCUUAAAUUGCCUUGGAGUCUAUGCAGUAGUUGAUAUAAAACUUUCAGUGAUGCUUGGAUUUCAGAGUUUGACAAAUUUAACAGUUCUUGCACAAAUAUAAAAAUUUUAAACCUAAAGUUCUUUUUACCACAUCCCAAAGGUUGCAUAUAUAAACCCCAUCCAAACUGUGACAGGUAAUGAAAAUGAUCUUGCACAGACCUUGCAAGAACAUUUCAAAAAGGUCUGUGCUACUGCUAAUAAUUUUUCCUAUAUUUAUUCAACAACUUACUAAAUAGCCUAUUACCAAAAGUCCUGAGCCCUGUAGGUAGGCUUAUUUAGCCAAAAUGUUGUAUCUUUAGAAUAUAAGAAAAGUAGUAGGCAUGCUUGAUCUAAUCUACCAUCAUUUAGGGGAAAAAAAUAAUAUAGAAGUUUGAAAGCAUCCCAAAGAAUAGUUGAAAAUAUUUUUUUUUAAUUCUGGGUUUUGGAAAAACAUUACAGAAUAGAAUAUUAAAAAGUAAGCCCAUUUAGUAGAUAAGAAUUUAAGACAGAUAAAAGGCUCAGUGGAAUAAGAACUUAGAUCACUCAUUUAAAAAGUUAUACGUGUAACAGGAAAUAUUGUGUUAUUGUACAGUCAUUGUUAUUUUUGUUUUAUGACUACCUAUUGACCUUUAAGAACUUUGUACUAAGAGUGUUUCUAUUUCAGAAAAAACACGUUAAAAUUAUCUGAUGUUUUGAGAAAUAAUCAACUUUUAGGUGGUAUUAAUUCCUACAGUUAUCCAGAAUUUUAUUAUGCACAGUUUUAUCAUGUGAUACAACAAUUUCUAAUUUCUAACCAGCCAUUGUGCUAGCUUGUAGUUCAGUAGCAUCCCAGGAAAUAAACCAAAGAAACCAUGACUAACUUCA